UGCUCACUGACGUUUGUUCCCCAAAAUUCAUACCUAGCACUUUUGUUACUGCAGAACUUCGCUUCCCUACUGCGUAGCUCCCGCGGCAAGCUCCGGGAAUUUCCAAUUCAGAGAUUGACAGCAGAGUUCUUGGUGAGGGUCGAGAUCACCACACAACAACACUCGAAGCCUCCAGAUUCAAUUUUUUUUCCUUUUUUUUAUCUGCAGCCGUUGACAUUUAGCCAAUUUUCUAGCUGGCUCCUUUCGCCAUUGCCAGGUCUAGCGACACAGGUCCAUCACACAUUUCACAAUGUCUGCAGUCAAACGGAAGAUGCCGCCCGCCAGUCUGCUCCAGCGGAGAGUGAGGCCAAGAUAUGAGCCAGAGCCCGAUUCUGAUCUCGAAGACAAUGCUAUCGAAGAUUCCAGUGAGGACGGCGCAGGUUCCUCCGGAUCGGAUGGGGACCACGACGAGGACCCCAGUGACGACGGUUCCAGGAGUGGCAGCGAUGAGGGGAGUUCAAGUUCCGAGUCUGGAUCUGAAGGCAGUGAAGAGGACGAGGAAGGGGAGGAAGGGGAGGAAGAGGAAGAGGAAGAGGACCCGCAGAUUGACGCGUCGCAGCUGUCGUUUGGUGCCCUCGCCAAGGCGCAGGCUGCCUUGGAUUCUGCGUCGAAACGGCAGCGCGAGGCAGGGGCGGAAAAGGACAAGGAAGACGAGGGAUACGGGCAUCCGUCUAAGUCGGGCUCUAUCAAGAAGAAGCCGGAGAAGCGAUCCAGCAAGCACGCGCCCGUCGAGAUGUCGAGCAAAAAGCCCGUCUCCCGCAAGCGCGACUUCCUCACGGUCACGGCAGAGAUCAAGAAGCCGCAGCCGCGCGACCCGCGGUUCAUGCCCCUCGGCCCCGGGGCCGGCCCGGGCCGCCGCAACAGCAGCACGAUCGACGAGAUCAAGGCGCGCAAGGCGUACGCGUUCCUGGACGAGUACCGCGAGUUGGAGAUGCAGCAGCUGCGGGAGGCCAUCAAGAAGACCAAGGACGCGGCGCAGAGGGAGAAGCUGGAGCGGGCGCUCAUGUCGAUGGAGAGCCGCAAGAAGGCGCAGGAGCGCAAGGACCUCGAGAGGGCCGUCCUCCAGGAGCAUCGCAAGCGGGAGAAGGAGCUGGUCAAGCAGGGCAAGAAGCCCUUCUACCUGAAGCGGUCGGAGCAGAAGAAGCGCGCGCUGGUGCAGCAGUUCCGGGGCAUGAAGAAGAAACAGGUGGACAAGGUGAUUGAGCGGCGGCGGAAGAAGCUUGCCAGCAAGGAGAAGAAGCUUCUGCCGACGACGAGGAGAACUGCCGAAGACAGGUAAUGCAGCCAAAGCAGGUGUGUGCUUGCUGCUGCUGCAGCGUCAAAAAUCUUCCAACGCAACAUAUAAGUGGUCCCCGUGAAUCCCUCUUAACUGCGUAAUA